UCCUUCGAGUUUCUGACUUAGAUUGACAUAGAAAAAUGAUUUUCGUGAUCUUCAAAGCUGCAUUCCUGGCUUGAUCAUUGGGAGUGGCCAAGUGGGCGGCUCGUUUUCGCUUCUGGCUUUGUGGGUAUUUGGAGAUUUUUGUGCUGAUAAGUAAGCUUUAUCUUUUUGUUGAUGGGUGUUUUCUCUUUGGAAUUCUGGUAGCCUUUUUCUGACUUUCUGGUGAUUUUGGAGCUGAGAUUUUUUUACUAGUUGAAUUGAUUUCCUGAGAUUUGUGUGUUACUGCUGAAAUCUGGAAAUGGGUGCAUGUUUGGCUUGAUAUGCUGUGUAUAUUGGUUGCUGGUUAUUUCACUGUUGGGGUUGUGCCAUAGAAAGAAAUCAGGAGAUGGUCGUGCCUGAUUGAUUUGUUUUCUGAUUUUGCUUGAAUCCAGGAUGAUUUCUAAAGAGUUAGCGAUAAGGGUAGACUAGGUUUUGAAGGAAAUUAGUUAAUUGUCUGAUAACAGUUGCUUGUAUAAAAUAAAGAAUGGAAGGAAAUAUUUCUCAAGGAGGUAUGCUUCCAGCUGGAGGCUCUUUUGGGGGCCUUGACUUGCAAGGAUCAGCAAGAGUUCAUCAUCCUACACAACACCCACAUAAUAUUCACCAACAUCACCACACCAACCCCCGACAAGGAUCUUCUGUGCAUGCUUCAAUUCAUGAGGGUUUUCCUCUCACGAUGGGGACCAUGCAAAACUGUGAUCAGACAAUUUCAAUGACAGAUUAUAACAAGGGUGAAAGAGGGAAAUUUUCAGUCAGUGAUGAUGAUGAGCCAGACUUUACUGAAGAGGGUGCUGAUGGCCUUACUGAGGCACAUAGAGGGAAGAAAGGAUCCCCAUGGCAGCGUGUAAAGUGGACUGAUAAGAUGGUGAGGCUUCUAAUUACCGCUGUGUCUUAUAUUGGGGAGGACACAGCUGUGGAAUGUGGUGGGGCAAGAAGGAAAUUUGCAGUUUUACAGAAAAAGGGUAAGUGGAAAUCUGUGUCCAAGGUCAUGGCUGAGAGGGAUUAUCAUGUUUCGCCUCAGCAGUGUGAGGAUAAGUUCAAUGACCUAAAUAAAAGGUACAAGAAACUUAAUGAUAUGCUUGGUAGGGGAACUUCCUGUGAGGUUGUUGAGAACCCUGCAAUUCUGGAUGUGAUAGAUUACUUGACAGAGAAAGAAAAGGAUGAUGUUAGGAAAAUUUUGAGUUCAAAGCAUCUGUUUUAUGAAGAGAUGUGUUCUUACCAUAAUGGGAAUAGAUUGCAUCUUCCCCAUGAUCCUGCAUUGCAGCGUUCUCUACAACUGGCUCUGAGAAGUAGAGAUGAUCAUGAUAAUGAUGAUGCAAGGAGGCGUCAAAACGAUGAUCUUGAUGAAGAUGAGCAUGACAUAGAGACUGAUGAACAUGAUGAAUUUGAGGAGAAUCAUAAUUCACAUGGGGAUAACAGGGGAAUCUAUGGAGUGUUAGGGGCCUCUGCAAAGAGGUUGAGACAAGGCCAAGGCCAAGGCCAUGAAGAUGCCUGUUUCCAGAAUUCUAUAAAUUCUCAGGAUUGCAAUAAAAUUUCUUAUCCUUAUCUAAAAAUUACACAAGCAGAUGUAACUCAAGGUUUACCUGAAAGUUCAAAAGCAGCUUGGUUACAGAAACAGUGGAUUGAAUCUCGUUCACUACAGUUGGAAGAACAGAAACUGCAAAUUCAAGUUGAGAUGUUGGAACUGGAGAAACAGCGUUUCAAGUGGCAGAGGUUUAGUAAGAAACGAGACCAAGAACUGGAAAAACUGAGAAUGGAAAAUGAGAGGAUGAAGCUUGAGAAUGAGCGUAUGGCAUUAGAGUUGAAGCGAAAGGAAAUGGGUGCGGACUAGAGGUGUAUGUAGGUUUUGUGGAGGAGGUAUUGACUCCCUCCUCUACAUUCAAAGGUUUUGGUCAGUUUGCGGCAGAGUACAACUUGGGUAUUCUAGUUGAUGUGACAACUUAUGCUUCCAGAAGAUAACAAUAGAGCUUCAGAUUACUUUUCCUACCAUGCCAACUUACUCAUGUAUGGUUUUCUGGAAGGAAUCACCCUCAGGUGGAGGAUAUGGUAUUGGCACUGUAGGUGCUAAUGUGAAACCUACCUGGUGACCUUGCUGGUCAUGAUGAGCUGCUUGGUCUGGUGGACAGAAAUGCAGGUGAGGGGUAAGCAACAAAUGAUGAUCUAUCGGCCGCGCAAUUUUCAGUGGGAUUUAGAAGCAAAUUGUUGCUGACAGAUUGACAUUGCAAGGGUAGAAUAAUUUGGUAUUUGCAGGUUAAUGCAAAUCUCCAAACAUUUUAAGCUACUUAUGAUCUCUGAAAGGACUUGUUACUAUUUUUCGUUAUGCAAAUAAUGUAGCAAUUGCUGCACAAGCCUCAGCCUUGCAUAAUGCCUAUUUACAUGACAUUAAGCUGUCAUUUGUCAAACAAUGUCGUAAUUAAACCAGGGAAUGGCUU